AUGAAUCACCAAGACCAAGACCUGGUGUCUUCUCAUUUGAGGCUGCUCUUAUGUCUUCAGGGAGUCUUGGAUGAAGCACGGCGGAUAUCUGGACGACUUCCUGCCACUGUGUGGAAAAGAAUAGGAGCGAGUGAAAUGGCGAUUCCUCAUUACACUGGAAAAAUGACAGACUGGAUCAUGAAUGAAGAUGAACCCGAGGCCUUUAACCAUGCUAUCACUGUCAUGACACUGAUGACCAUUAUGAGUGCUGUGUGUGAGUUUGUGUGUGACCUGAUCUACAACAUCACCAUGAGCCGAAUACACACGUCCAUCCAAGGACUCGUCUUCCAGUCUGUGCUGAAUCAGGAUAUUGCGUUCUUCGAUAAAGCUUCCACAGGGGACAUUGUAUCUCGCAUCACCACCGACACCAACACCAUGAGUGAGUCUCUGAGUGAGAAGUUGAGUCUGCUCAUGUGGUACUUCAUGCGUGUCAUCUUCCUGUUCGGCUCCAUGCUGCUGCUCUCCACCAGGCUGUCCAUCUUCACCGCACUCGGCCUCCCCAUCAUCUGGAUCAUCCCAGAAUUUUCAGGCCAGUUUUACCAGAAACUUUCUGUACAAGUGCAAGAAUCUCUCGCCAAGGCCAAUGAUGUUGCCACGGAAACCUUUUCUUCCAUGAAGACAGUGAGGAGCUUUGCAAAUGAGGAUGGAGAAACCGAGAGGUACAGGAAGUGCUUAGAGGACACAUAUGCCCUGAAUAAAGUGGAAGCCGCAGGUUAUGCUGCCUCAACUUGGACCAAUAGUAUGUCCAGUCUGGCUUUGAAAGUCAGUAUACUGUACUAUGGAGGGCGGCUUGUGACAGGAAGUGAUGUCAGUAGUGGUGAUCUGGUGUCCUUUGUGCUGUAUGAGCUUCAGUUCACAUCAGCUGUGGAGGUACUGAUGUCAUACUGGCCGCAUGUAAAGAAGGCGGUCGGUGCUUCAGAGAAAAUCUUUGAGUACGUGGACCGAAAGCCUGAUAUUCCUCCUGAUGGAUCCCUCACUCCUCAAAGUCUGAAAGGACAUGUGCAAUUCAAAAAUAUCACAUUUGCUUAUCCGAAACGACCGGACACAGAUGUGCUAAAGAACAUUUCUCUUGAGCUGAAGCCAGGCCAGAUCACAGCUCUGGUGGGUCCAUCAGGUUCUGGAAAAAGCACUAUUGUGAGUUUGCUGGAGAGAUUUUACCAGCCUCAGAAUGGGGAGAUUUUAUUGGACCAGAAGCCACUACUGGAGUAUAAGGACCAAUAUCUACAUGAGAAGAUUAGUGUGGUGUCACAGGAGCCAGUUCUGUUUGCUCGGUCAGUGCGGGAAAACAUCAAAUAUGGCAAAGAAAAUGCCUCGGAUGAAGAAAUGCGUGCUGCUGCCAAGCUGGCCAAUGCAGAUGACUUCAUUGACAAUUUACCUAAAGGAUAUGACACAGAUGCUGGAGAGAAGGGCGGUCAGGUCUCCGGAGGUCAGAAGCAGCGUAUCGCCAUCGCCAGAGCUCUGAUUCAGAAACCGCAGAUUCUUGUGCUUGAUGAUGCUACCAGUUCCCUGGACACCGAGAGUGAACACAGGGUGUACAGCGCUCUGCAGAAGAACUGUACGGUGCUGCUCAUCUCUCACAGACUGAGUGGCGUGGAAGACGCAGAUCAUAUCAUUUUCCUCCGAGACGGGGAAGUGGCCGAGGAGGGGAACCAUGAAGAACUGCUGGCCAAGCAUGGAUUCUAUGAAGAGUUCGUGAAUCAACAGAAUACUUCAAUUCAUCGCAACACAGAAGAUGUUACAAACUCCGGCCAAUGAUCUAGACCAGCUGCUCUACAUUUAAUCUGAGCCAGCACAAAUCAGAUGACAAAUCUUUGCAUUUUUUCUCCAUUAGCACAUAUUUCUCAGCUUUUCAAUUAUGUAAAUGCUGCUAGUGUUUUUAAAUUAGGUGUAAAUAUCACAAAAAAUGCGAGAAAAGAUAUGGGUGAAUCUCACUAAAAUAUGUCCAGGUUUCCUACUACAUUAAAAGAAAAUUCUUUUUUGCAUAUGUAACGGAG